GUUGUAAAGUGCGAACGUUUGCUUCCAGUGUUAGUUUGAAGCGCAGCCAACUUUGCUCACUUCUUUCUUUCCAAAACUCUGAAGAUGUCGAAUAUCAAGAGGAAGAAGACCAGGAAGCUCCGUGGUCAUGUGAGCCACGGUCACGGCCGUAUUGGCAAGCACCGCAAGCAUCCUGGAGGUCGUGGUAACGCUGGUGGUAUGCACCACCACCGCAUCAACUUUGACAAAUACCAUCCCGGUUAUUUCGGCAAGGUUGGCAUGAGGAACUUCCACUUGCGUCGCCAGCACAAGUUCAGGCCAGAAAUCAAUCUGGAUAAACUCUGGUCUCUGGUUGGAGCUGAGAAGUUCGCUGAGCUGGAGAAGGAGAAGAGCACGAAGGCGCCAGUUAUCGAUCUGGUUAAAUUCGGCUACUACAAGCUGCUCGGACGCGGUCACUUGCCCGCCCGCCCCGUCAUUGUGAAGGCCAAGUACUUCUCAAAGAAGGCUGAGGACAAGAUCAAGAAGGCCGGUGGUGUCUGCUUGUUGAGCGCCUAAGUUUAUAAGAUAUUCCUCUUCUUAAUGCAACUGAACGUAAUACAUUCGACGACCAUCAAAAAAUGUAUUUGUUUUUUAAUAAAUUUAAAUGAAAAACA